UUUUUUUUAGAGGCCACGUCUAUAGCGCCAUCUUCUGGAAUCCGAUACCAGACAACGACAGACUGACUGUCACCUCAGCCCCAAGCAGGAUCAGUUUGCAACAGUCACUGGUAGUAGUUAAUGAGGAAGGAUAUACAGCAGCUGUGAGAGAAAGGUUAACACAACAAUUACCAAUGUAGGUCCCGUCAAGAAAGGAAGUAAUAUCCAUAUCACAACUCACUUUUAUACGAUACAAUAAAAGAAAAGGUACCACCACCAUGUCUUUCCAGGCCACGUGUAUUGAUGGAUUUUUAUCUGACAGACUGUGUAGUUACCAUGUACCAUUGCCAGUGUGGAAUAGCAGCCUCCCUCCAAUCCCAGACAAUUAUACAACUACUAUAUUUAGGCCUACUUCUGAGGAAUCAACUACCAUUGUUACUGGAGGUAGGACUACACUAACCACUGUUUACCCUACCACUACAGACUUGGGCACAGAUCUACCAAACACUAUUAUUAGUAAAGGUGGGACUAUAUUCACAGACUUGGCCACUACUGAAGAUUAUAAUAUCACAACUAACGCAACAAUAACUCCUACUGUACCAAUAUGUAAUGAUAUGAAAGGUGGUUGUAUUCCCAAAUUGAACCAUAUAAUUGAUGAAGUAGAAGGUACUGAACAUUAUAAGUGGAUAAUACCCCUUGUGUGUAUCUUCAUCCUCUGCAUCAUCUGCAUUAAGUUCAGAGUGAAAAUAAGAAUAAUAAUAAUUGGAUGGUUUCCUCAAAAGCAAACAAUCACCUUCAGAGAGGAAAAAAAAGUUAAAAUGAGAGUAAGGGUAACAAGUAUUGUACUUGAGCCAAAAACAAAUUAUGAAGAUUGUCACACUGUUGUUAUGGCUUCUACCGAAAAACUAAAUGCAGAAACUCCUGGCACACCAAUUAUCAACGCUCCCCGAGGCUUUUACAAAGACAACUAUGAAGACAUACCAUCCAGCUCAGAUGAGAAUGAGGAUACCAAUCUUGAUAAACAAAUUUUUCCCCAAAAAACAAUCAUCAGAGAAAAUUCACAAGCCCCUCUUGUAGAUAAUGCAGUAUCGCUUGAUGAAACACGAGCUCUGGAUAACGGCUAUGCUGACGAAAGUGCUGGCAAUAAUGGAGUAACAGAAACAAUCCAAACAAUUUCCUCUGGCAUAGGUAUAAAUCCAAAUUACAAGUCAUCUAGCUCAGACGAUGGCAAGAAGCCAGGUAUCCAGAAAAAGCGAGUUUCACGUGGUAAACGAAAUCCUGCGUACAAACUAGCACCAAUUAAGAAACCAAAUUCUCACGGCCAUUUUGUAAAAAAAUCAGAGCGAGCUCAAGAUAUUGGCCAUGCAAAUGUCGAAAUACCUCUUGAUAAAACAAAAUUAUAGGCCACAGGCCAUGCUCCCCCCCCCCCACUCCAGCAAGACCACCAUUGUUUUAAGGCCUACAUGAUUACUUAACAAAACUGUGAUGUUCACGUCAACUAUUAAAAGCAUCUAUAGCCAUAAUAUGCACCUGUGGAACAUGCAAUUACUAUUCAGUCUCGGCGACGUCUUUCGAUGAGCUUUAUCGAGAGUUUUUAACUGCUGAUAAUGUGAUAUAGAAACUUAUUUACACCAAUUUCAAACAAGUCUUCAAAAAAUAACUUAUAGAUUUGACCAGGCUUAUUUUAUACCUUGUUUAGCCAAUAAUGAUUUCAAAUAAAAAUAAAAUUUCAUUUUUGGCAAAUUAGGACACUUGCCACCAUGAAAAAAUGGAAAUUUCUUUAAAAAAAUAAAAUCUUUUCUUAUUUUUAUUACACCUGCAACUGCCUUCAAAUCUCAAAAAAUCAGAUAUGUAAAUUUCCUUCCUAAUUAUAUAAAUUUAAAGCAUUUAACCAUCCCAUUACUACACUGUUUACAUUCAACAAUAACAUUUUAUUUUUAUUUUCUUUUGGAUGUUUUUGACAAAUCUAUUUGUCAAAAUU